AUGAAUCCUCUGAAACUCAUUGAAUUCAGCAAGGAAAAGAUGGUUCCUGCAGCUGCAAAACAGUACCUUGAACAGAUCACAAAUGUUGAGAUGCCACAAGGGCUCAAAAAAUAUAUGGAACUUGAACUUUUCCCCUGCAUUCAACUGAAACCAAGCAAGGGUGUUUCUCUGGCAACUGCACACUGUCUCUUGAGGCAAGAAGGUUUUCAUUUCCAGGAAUACAAGAAGUCUCUGUAUUAUGAUGGUCAUGAACAACCAGAUGUCAUCAGUGACCAGCAAACCCACUUUCUUCCAGAAAUGGAAAAGUACAAAUGUCGACUGGUGGAAUAUGUUGUUGGAGAUGUUGGGAACAAGAUGCUGAAGAGUCCCUCUAAUUAUGUUGAGAACUGUCUUGUGCUCUGUGCACAUGACAAGAUGACAGCCCAAGCCAAUGAUGACAUGGGAAGGGGUUGGAUCUUUGAUGGAGAGCAGUGGCUGCACAAGAAAGGUGUUGGACAUGGGGUGCACCAGAGUGAUGUCAUCUGUUUGACUGUUGGAUGGUUGUGGGAAGCAAGUCAAACUCUGGAAUAUGGAAAGAAUUAUGAGGGGUACUGGACUGGGGAGCUUUUUGUUAAGCAGCUCAAAGAGAAGAUUAUUCCAGCAUUCAAACAUGCUCAUGGUCCUGGAUAUCAGAUGCUGCUCAUGGUUGACAACUCACAAGGUCACUCUGCAUAUGCCAAAGAUGCCCUCUUGACAUCAUGA